AUGUCGUGGCUUUACGAUCGUCGAUGGUCGCUCACAAUUAUCCUACGAGAUCCUGAAGGAUUGGAUGCAUUCCGCUCAUUCCUCGAGUCUGAAUACGCAUCUGAGAACUUGCUUUUCUGGCUAGAGAUAGAGUCUUUAAAGACUGUGCAAAGCCGCGAACAGCUGAAGAAAAUCGCAAGAUCAUUAAUGGCAAAGUUCUUCCAGGAUGAGGCCUUAAACAUCUCAGAUACUGAGCGCCAGCAAUUUGUGACCAUGCUAAGGUAA